AUGACAACUCUGUUAUAUGGAUUCACCGGCAACGAGGUUCUGCCGGUCGGCCAGACCCGAUUGGCUAUAUCGCUGGGAGAAGAACCGCUUCGAAGGACGCGGGCCUCCAACUUCAUUGUGGUCGACGCCCCGUCCGCCUUCAACGUGAUACUUGGCCGACCGGCUCUCAAUGAGUUCUGGGUGGUCGUUUCAACCUUUUGUCAGAAGAUCAAAUUUCCCGUGGAAGACAAAGUGAGCGAAGUUAGGGGAGAACAGCUGGCCGCUCAACGAUGCUAUGUGGAGAUGGUCCGAGCAGAGUCAAGGUCCGCUCGGAAAACACCGCAGUUGGAGGGAUACCACCAAGUCCCGCUCGCCAGGGAUGAUCAAGAGAAAGUAAGUUUCAUCACGGCAGACGGCACCUACUGUUACAAUGUGAUGCCGUUCGAACUGAAGAACGCUGGCGCCACAUAUCAGCGUCUCAUGAACAAGGUGUUCCGGAAGCAGAUCAAGGCAGAACUUGGAGAUAUAGAGGAGACCUUCUAUACACUUAGGAUGUACGGAGUCAAGCUAAAUCCUCAUAAGUGUCUCUUCGGAGCAAAGAGUGAUCACUUUUUGAGCUAUAUCGUCACCGAGCGGGGCAUAGAGGCAAACCCCAGCAAGGUGAGGGCAUUGCGGGACAUGCCACCCCCCAGAAACUUGAAGGAGGACGCUGAAUCCCGCUACACUGGUCUCGAGAAGCUUGCCUUCGCGUUAGUUCUCACCGCCCGGAGACUCCGACCCUACUUUCUCGCGAACACAAUAGUCGUCAUGACGAACAGCCCUUUGGGGAGAGUACUUCUAAAUCUCGAGGCAUCCGGACGAUUGAUCAAAUGGACGACCGAGCUCAGCGAGUUCGACAUACAGUACCAGCCCCGAACGACAAUUAAGGCGCAAUCCUUGGCGGACUUCGUCUCCGAAGUACAGAACCCCGAGCCCGAAGCCACUUGGAGGGUAUACUUGGACGGAUUGGCCACGCGGCAAGGAAGUGGCAUCGACCUUCUGAUGAUUUCACCGCAAGAAGAGUGGAUGCAUCUAUCCGUUCGACUGGAUUACCGCGCAACCAACAACGAGGCGGAGUAUGAGGCCUUCAUAGCCGGACUGCAAGCCGCUUGGCACGUAGGAGCCAGUAAGGUGUUAAUUUAUUCAGACUCACAGUUGGACGCUCAACAGCUCCUGGGGACCUUCGAGAUAAACAACACAAGGCUGAAGCUGUACACGAAGGCCUUCGACAAACUCAAAACCAACUUUGGUGAGGUGGUCAUACAGAAGAUUCCCCGAACGGAGAAUCAGGCGGCAGAUGGGUUGGCAAAGCUGGCGAGUUCGAUAACACCGAUUGGAACCCAGCAACCAAUCGAGCAAGUAUCCUUAGUGGCCCACAUUGACAGGAUGGAGGGCCUCGCGUUCCCAAGCGACUGGAGGACGGCCAUAGCGGAAUUUUUGCAAUUAGGAGCUGCUCCUUCUGAUCGGGCUGAGGCACAAUUGCUAAGAAGGAGAGCGGGUCGGUUCACCCUCAUCGGGGACCAGCUCUACAAGAAGGCUUUCUCCCGUCCACUGCUAAAAUGUGUCAACUCGGAAAGUAACGAGCAGACCGAAGUCACCAAUCGGGAGAUCCUUCGGAUCCUUCGGGUGCGGCUCGACCAUGUCGGGAGCAGCUGGGUAGAUGAACUCCCAGGCGUAUUAUGGGUGAUCCGCACUACCCCUAAGGAGGAGAUAGGGGUUACGCCAUUCCAUUUGGUGUACGGAGGAGAGGCUGUCGUGCCCGUGGAGGUCGGAAUAGAAUAUGAUCGGGUGCAACGGUACAACGGGGAUAACGUCGAUCGGAGACAACUGGAGUUGGAUUUGAUAGACGAGACGCGUGCCAAGGCAGCCGCCCAGCUAAUGGCGUACCGGCAACGAAUGAAGCAGCAUUACAACAGGCUAGUAAUCCCCAAUGCCUUUCAAGUCGACGACCUAGUGUGGAAGAAGGUAAAGUCGGUCGGCGAUGUGAGCAAGCUAGAGGCUCCCUGGGCGGGACCCUUCAGGGUCAUCGAGAAGCUCCGAUCGGGCGCCUACUACCUGGAGGAUGAAGACAGACGGCAGCUAGAACGACCAUGGAACACUAUCCAUCUCCAGCCGUACCGAUCUGGAUGA